AGUCCUGAAACGCACGGGGCUCUCAGUGAGGAAGGGGGGUGGUGGACGCUGACAUGCUGGUCAUAAAUCCCUCAUUUAACUUCAGUGGUCGCACCUACAUUAUCUCCUCCUCCUCCUCCUCCUCCUCCUCCUCCUCCUCCUGCUGAGGGAGCAGAGCUCGGGAAAGGACGAGAGGAAACCAGACUUCAGCACCGGAGCUGUCCACGGCUCCUGUGCGUGAUCUCCGCGGGACCGUGCGGUGCUGGAAGGAAUAAAAAGCUGCGGUGCCACUCAUCCCUCUGCGGGGCGCACACUCUUCAUCCCGAGCCCUGCCAUGCUGCACAGCCGGGCGUGAGACAGGAAGGAGAAAGUCCCCAGUAAGUCGCGGUGAACACCAGCUCGUUACGCCAUGGGAGUGCUCAUGUCAAAGAAGCAGCAGGUGGAGAAGGUGCAGAAAUGCAACGCCGUCGUCUUCGCCUUCCAGGCCGGCGUCAAGGACCGCCCCCCCACCGCCAAACAGGGGGACGGAGACGUGGAGGAGGACGACGGGCCGGCCAACCCUGAGGGGAAGAGCGCCGAGGAGGCCGAGAAGGAGGACGUGGACGGCGGCGCCGCCCCGUCCACCUCCCAGCAGGCCGCGGCCGCCACGAGGGACGAGUGCAAGGCCAACAACGAGGCGUGGUCCAGGCUACGGGACGGGAAGGGCGUGGAGCCCGAGGAUCUGGACAAGACCCACCAGCUCACACCGCCCGCGUUCGUGAGGCCCAAACGGGAAGCGGACGACGACCAGCCGGUGGAGGUGGAGCUGGAUAAGAAGGAGCAGCCACCGAGAGACGAGAUGUGUGACGUGUGCGAGGUGUGGACGGCCGACGACCUGUACCCCUGCAGGGUCUGCACACGCAUGUUCCACGACGGCUGCCUGAGGGAGCUGGGCUACCUGCGCACCGAGGCCCUGCAGGAGAUGAGGGAUGCAGCCCACACGGUCACCGGCUGGAGCUGCUACUAUUGUGAUAAUCUGAAUCUUCUCCUGACUGAGGAAGAGAUGUACAGCCUCAUGGAGACGUUCAAGCAGUGCAAGAUCAUCCCGGAGUCGUGCCUGGUGUCGGACGAGCUGCUGCAGUACCGCCACUUCGUGUCCAAGCAGCAGUUUGAGAAGGACCUGACGGACGAGCAGGAGGAGGAGGUGCUGGCCCAGUUCGCGGCACUGGAUCCCGAGAAGAAGGGUCACAUCGAGUGGUCGGACUUCCUCUACCACGAGUCCCUGGCCAUUCUCAGGAAGUUCCGCACAGAGAACUCAUUGCUGCGCCUGCUGACUGCCAAGGAGAGAGACAAAGCGCGCUCUGUGUUCCUGGCUCUGGAUCUGGAUAAAGACGGCCUGAUCACACGAGCAGAGUGUCGCCAGGCCCAGUCGUCCUGGUUCCACAAUCCCAACAAGGACUCCCAGUCGUGCAACGUGAGACUCAUGGGCCUCUGCUCUCCUAUGACUUGUGGUAUCAGUCAGGUCGGCCCCAUGUGUGAGAGCAGUCCAGGCAGCUCUGGCAGCGAGAGGAGCAAGACUGGUGACAGCAGGCCGGUGACCUGGGCUGACUUUUUAAAGGAGAGUGGCAUCUACAUUUUGGCUGCACGCCCCAAUAGCUCCGCCAUGCACAUCCAUCUGCCUCUAUAGUCCAGGACGCUCCACGGCCCCCGAGCAGAGAGCGAGAGGAAGGGAGGGAGAGAGGGAGAGAGAGAUGGAGAGAGAGGUGGAGAGAGAGGUGGAGGCUGCGCCCUGUCCUCUGCAGACGAGCGGGGGAAGACGAUGCCACGAGGAAACGUAACCCGGACGAAGAAGCAGUGAGACAGCACAUCAAGUCAUCGACAGAACCUCUCCUCCUCUUCGUCGCCUCGACCCCCAAACACUGACUACACACACCGAUGCUGACAGACACACACCAACGACACGAGUGACAGCAGCUGUCACGGGUUCCAACUCCAAAACCUGACGGCUUCCCAAAAACACAAAAACAAACCCCACACAAGAGAGAGAGAGGGAGAGAGAGAGAGAGACACACUCACAACUAGUCCGUCAGUUAGUCAGUGAUAUUUCUGACACUCUACACACACACACACAAUCAGACAAGCUCUCAGUUGGCUCUUCUUCUUAAAAAACGACAAUUACUGCAGCACUCCAGGGCCCUCACGCUGAUAACAAAGCUCUCCACGCAGGUACAUUCAUUUGACAGGCUGUUCCUCUCUCAAGUGUUGAAUCCCGCAGGCCUCAUCUGGUCCUAAUAAUAACUCCACGCCACAGCGAUGGGAUCGAGUUAUUCACCGUCAAAAUGUGUUAAUCACGCUCCACAGAGGCACAUGCAAAUUCACGACAGGUACAGCUACCCGCAUACAUAUAUCAGAACUGCUAUGAAUUAUUAUUAUUAUGCAUUAAAAUUACAUAUUUAUUCCUGUAUCCUCUGGUGUACCCUGUGUUUCCCCCCAGUUUCCUCCAAGGAUCUGUGUUCUCCUGACAUGUGGGAAAGAGUGGGAACCAGAGCAGUAAACGACCUGUAUAUACUUAUAGUACUUUUUGUCCUGUUGCUCUCUCCGAGCGGAACUUUGGCAAAGUGGAAACAUCCGCUGUCCUGUUCUGUGGUGUCGAUAUUUGCACAGUGGUGAAUGAGAUGCAGUCGGACUUCUGUCUGACACAAUCAUGUAUUGAAAGGCCGAAAGAAAAACGGGAGAUCCGGUGCAAACAUUUGUCUUUUGUUAAUAUGCAGACGCACUAUUUAAACUUCGUAUUUAAGGCGUGGUGGGAAUUCUAUAAUGUUACGAGUUAUACGACAAUUUAAAUGCACAUGAAACUGCCCCUAGAAUCACUAGAAAUUUAUUGAAUAGAGCUGAUGUAGUGUUCAUGCCAUGUGAAGGAGGUUCGAUGCCAGGUCCGGUGAAUAAAGAACGGCGAUGACGUGAAUGUUGAUGGUCUGAGGGAUUUGUCACAGUGCUGAAAUAAAUGCAUGGCAUUCUA